AGUUUUAGAAUGGUUCGACUUCUUGAUGGAUCCAUGUCAUCUCAAUUGCUUAGAUUUGGGUAUGACUGUAAUCAGCAGGAAAACAAGCCGCACUGGUCCUUCCCUGCUAAUGCUGAUAUGGAAUUAAUGGAGAACGUUUAUAAAUCAUUUUUGGACCUGGAAGUCAAAGUCAUAACCAGCAAUACAUACCACUUUGGAAGCACACUUGACAAAACAAUUCCGGAAAAUGCAGAGAAAAGGGAGCUUUAUGAGAAGUAUUUCGAAGAAACCUGUUUGAAAUUGUGUCACUUGACAACAGGAAGUUCUGAUGUGGAAGCUUGGGGAUCAGUAGGCACUCUUGCAACAAUGUACCAUGAUUUGUCAGAGUAUACUGGAGCAUACAUGGACCAAUCUGAAGCGAAGAAAACCGCCUACGACUACUUCAAGAUCAUCUUGACAUUGUUCCAUAAUAGAUCAAGCAUUCGGAAAUUGAUUUUUGAAACGAUUCCAUCUGCAGAUGAAGGAUCAGUUGCCUUAGAUGUUCUUCAGGAGUUCCCAGAGUUUGAAGCUGUAAUCAGUUUUACUUUUAAGGAGCACGGAUGCCUACGACAUGGAGAGAAAAUAACCUCCGUCGCUCAGCAGAUGAAACAAAGCCCUCAAGUCUUGGGAAUAGGAAUUAAUUGCACGGACCCUAACAACGUAUUGCCCGCCUUAAAUGAAUUACAGCCUUUCGCGUUUUCCGAAGUGUUUGUGUAUCCGAACAAGGGGGAUUCCAAGUUUUUAGAAGAAGGAAUCGACGAGAGUAAUGUGUUCACUAAAACAUUGGUUACAUCAUGGAUUGAAAAAGGCGUUACAGCAAUCGGAGGAUGUUGUGGAGUGACAAAUGAUCAGAUCAAAGUUCUCAAACCUCUACUUGGAAAAAUCAACACUAAUCAGUUAUUGUAAUUUAUUCAAAUAUUGACUACCUAGUUUUUUAUGUUUAUGGCUUAUGAAUCACAAAAAACGUAUGAAAUUGGAGUACUACUGCGU